UUUGUUUACGUUUUUUCUUUAGUAAUGCACGCGAUUUCAACGAUAGCGGGAUUGUUGGAAUUUAUCUAUUCCUGAAAAGCCAUCCUAUAGUAUUUUGUGGAGGGUUACUUCGCCCAAAUCAACAAUAUGAAAAGCAGCAUCGAUUAUAACAAUAAAAUCAUUCUAGCACCAAUGGUACGCGUGGGAACUUUGCCGAUGAGAUUGUUGGCUCUUUCAUACGGAGCCGAUAUUGUUUACACAGAGGAGAUCAUCGAUUGGAAGCUAUUAAAGGCGGAACGGCAUGUUAAUGAUAUACUACAAACGGUCGACUAUGUGGAUAAGACGGAUGGUUGCAUCAUUUUCAGGACGUGCGAAAGAGAAAAAGGAAAAGUGGUUCUCCAGUUGGGAACCGCCAAUGCUGAAAGAGCGCUACAAGUGGGCAAAAAGGUACAACAGGAUGUGGCCGCUUUGGAUAUCAAUAUGGGAUGCCCGAAAGACUUUUCUAUAAAAGGUGGGAUGGGGGUAGCUCUGCUGUACGAUCUGGAUCGGGCGAAGACAAUCCUGUCAACGUUGGUGAAAAAUUUGAAUAUACCGGUGACCUGUAAAAUUCGUAUAAUGCCCGAGUUAAGCGAAACCAUUAGAACAGCUACAGAAUUGGAGAGCACAGGUAUUGCAGCGAUUGCCGUGCAUGGUAGAACGAAAAUAGAACGACCACGGCAUCCAGUUCAUACAGAUGUUAUAAGGGAGAUAGCGAAAGCUGUUAAAAUCCCAGUUAUCGCCAACGGUGGGUCUCAAGAAAUUCACAAGCGGUCCGAUAUAUUGAAGUUUCGGGAUGAUUGUGGAGCAGCUAGCGUUAUGAUUGCUCGAGCUGCUCAGUGGAAUUGUUCUGUGUUUCGAGACGAAGGACCUCUGCCGAUUGAAGACGUUAUCCAUGAGUGCUUGCGGUUGUCGGUAGACUUUGAUAAUUCUCCUUCCAAUACCAAGUACUGCAUACAAAUGAUUUUGAGGGAUCUUCAGGAAACAACAAUGGGACGUAAAUUUUUGGACAGUCAGACUCUGGAGCAAAUUUGUGAGGUUUGGAACAUGGGAUCCUACUGUAGGCGGAAGCAGUUGGAGUAUCAUAAUGCUGGAUUGCGUGGAAGGAGACAAGCGUGUCCGCAGCUUGAUUCGAACGUACAGGAUGAAAACCACCCGGCGAAGAAAAUGAAAAUUUACGACAAUGAAACGUGGAGCGAUGUAGUUGAGCACAACGUUAGUUUUAUUAGAGUUAAUUAUGCCGAUGACAAGGAGCUCCCUAAAAGUAAAUUGUAUCUUUAUACGACAAAGAACGGUCUCAAGUUGCCUAAAUAUGAGGUCCUACAGAUGGAUAAACUAUUUAGGGCAAUUGUGAAGGUGGGUGACGGCAAAUACAGUAGUUCUUUCUGGGAGAAAAGUAAAAAGUAUGCAGAACAAUCUGCUGCACUUACCUGCCUUUUUCAUCUUGGUAUUGAAAGUAGAGAAAAGUUGGUUGAAAAUGGAUCAAUGAUUGGAUGAUUUACGCCGAUUUUGUGUAAGUAGCAAAAUGGAAUUUUUAUUUUUAAAUCGCUUUGUUACAUAGUUGUAAAUAGUUAAGAGUGAAUUGAGCUGUUAAAAAUGGUAGCAAAUGAAUGAAUAAAAAAAUUAAGGACAACCACA